GCUGCCACUCUCCGGAUGGGGUAUCUGUCGGCCAUUCCGUACCCGGUACACCGAGGCCAGGAUCAAGCCUCAGCACGACACCAUACGCUAUGGGGAGAAUGAGUAAAAGUAAUAAAAGAGAGCACGCGAGCUCCAAGUCGACUUACCCCGAGAAUAAAAGUCAGAAGUCGUCAGGUCUCGA